AGAAGCCGAAAAAUUACCGUUGUGACUGAAUCUAUAAAUAGAGAAAAACACGCUACUUGACUACAGCCUUUCUUUGUCUGAAUCUCAAAUCUCUCUUUCUAAAACCGAAGCAAACGACGUAGUUUUUCCCCUCAUUUGGGGUGGAUCCUGAUCUGAAUUUGAACUAAAGCUGCAAUAAGAUGUCAACAUACACCCCUAAGAAUAUACUCAUUACUGGAGCUGCCGGAUUUAUUGCAUGUCAUGUAGCCAACAGGCUUGUCCGGAGCUACCCUGACUACAAGAUCGUUGUGCUUGAUAAACUUGAUUAUUGUUCAAACUUGAAGAACCUUAUUCCUUCCCGAUCUUCCCCUAAUUUCAAGUUUGUUAAGGGGGACAUUGCCAGUGCAGAUCUUGUUAACUACCUUCUCAUCACUGAGUCCAUUGACACUAUAAUGCACUUUGCUGCUCAAACCCAUGUUGAUAACUCUUUCGGUAAUAGCUUUGAAUUCACUAAGAACAACAUCUACGGUACCCACGUACUAUUAGAGGCCUGCAAAGUUACUGGUCAGAUCAGAAGGUUUAUUCAUGUCAGUACAGAUGAGGUUUAUGGUGAGACUGAUGAGGAUGCUGUUGUCGGAAACCACGAAGCCUCACAACUCCUUCCCACUAACCCAUAUUCGGCCACAAAAGCUGGGGCUGAAAUGCUUGUUAUGGCUUACGGUAGAUCAUACGGUUUACCUGUUAUAACCACUAGGGGGAACAAUGUAUAUGGUCCUAACCAAUUCCCCGAGAAACUAAUCCCGAAAUUUAUACUUUUAGCCAUGAGGGGGAAGACUCUUCCUAUUCAUGGAGAUGGUUGUAACGUUCGUAGUUAUCUUUACUGUGAGGAUGUUGCUGAGGCUUUUGAAGUCAUUCUACACAAGGGGGAGGUAGGUCAUGUUUAUAACAUUGGAACUACAAAAGAGAGAAGAGUGAUCGAUGUUGCCAAAGAUAUAUGCAAACUCUUUAACAUGGAUCCAGACAAAAGCAUUGAGUUUGUUGAGAACAGACCAUUUAACGACCAGAGGUACUUUCUGGAUGAUCAGAAGUUGAAAGAGUUGGGUUGGUCAGAGAGGACCUUGUGGGAAGAGGGUCUGAAAAAGACUAUUGAAUGGUAUACCAAAAACCCCGAUUGGUGGGGGGAUGUCUCUGGAGCAUUGCUUCCUCAUCCUAGAAUGCUGAUGAUGCCCGGUGGAAUAGAAAGACAUUUGGAUGGAGCCGAGAAAUAUGAUUCAGGAUCUUCUGAAUUCUCAGCAAAGUCCAAUGAAACCAAAACGGUAGCUCCAGCUCCAAAGAGCAGCAACGUGCCUCAGAAAUCCCCUUUUAAGUUUUUGAUCUAUGGUAGGACUGGGUGGAUUGGCGGUUUGCUAGGGAAAUUGUGUGAGAAACAGGGGAUUCCUUAUGAGUAUGGCAAGGGACGUUUGGAGGAUCGUUCAAAGCUUUUGGCAGACAUUAAUGCUGUCAAGCCGACACAUGUAUUCAAUGCUGCUGGUGUCACUGGUAGACCCAAUGUUGAUUGGUGUGAGAGUCAUAAACCAGAAACGAUUCGUACAAAUGUUGCCGGUACUCUUAACUUGGCAGAUAUUUGCAGAGAGCACGGUCUCCUGAUGAUGAAUUUCGCCACUGGUUGCAUAUUUGAGUAUGAUGCUAAGCACCCAGAGGGUUCCGGUAUUGGGUUCAAGGAGGAAGAUACACCCAAUUUCGCUGGUUCUUUCUAUUCAAAGACCAAGGCCAUGGUUGAAGAGCUUUUGAAAGAAUAUGACAACGUUUGCACACUCAGAGUUCGCAUGCCAAUAUCUUCAGAUCUCAACAACCCUCGCAAUUUCAUUACCAAGAUUAGCCGCUACAAUAAGGUGGUCAAUAUUCCUAACAGUAUGACCAUACUAGAUGAGCUUCUUCCGAUCUCAAUUGAGAUGGCAAAGCGUAACCUCAAGGGCAUAUGGAAUUUCACGAACCCCGGUGUUGUGAGCCAUAAUGAAAUCUUGGAAAUGUACAAGAAAUAUAUCAAUCCAGAAUUUACUUGGGCCAACUUCACAUUGGAAGAGCAGGCCAAGGUAAUUGUUGCAGCUCGCAGUAACAACGAGAUGGAUGCAUCCAAGUUGAAGAAAGAGUUCCCUGAGUUGCUACCGAUCAAAGAGUCGCUGAUCAAGUAUGUGUUUGAACCAAACAAGAAAACCUCUGCAUAAAAAAUCUGUUGAUCUCAAGGAUUUUGUAUGCUAUUUUAGCCAUUAUUCAUUUUUGGUACCCAGAAUUCUCUUAUUGUUUUAGAUUAUUGUUAGUGACUAGAGUUUCCUCGGUCGUUAUUCCUUCUUUUUUUUUUUUGGUAUGAAUUCAUAAUAUUUGUGCUUUGUAUGUGGAAGAUUUGGAUAGGCUGCUCCCCUGUAUCUGUUGUUGAAUCUGAUAUAUGGAAUUUUGAACUUUUUCUAGCUCAA